GCUCGCCAGGUGCUCCCGCAGCCCGGCCGCCGAGAUGCCCAGCCCGCCCGGGCUCCGGGCGCUGUGGCUCUGUGCCGCUCUUUGCGCCUCCGGGGGCGCCCCCCAGACGAGCGCAGGGCCCGCAGCCUGCCCGGCCCCCUGCCACUGUCAGGAGGACCACAUCAUGCUGUCAGCCGACUGCUCCGAGCUCGGGCUGUCCACUGUGCCCAGGGACCUGGACCCCCUGACGGCGUACCUAGACCUGAGCAUGAACAACCUCACAGAACUGGAACCUGGCCUCUUCCACCACCUGCGCUUCUUGGAGGAGCUGCGGCUGUCUGGAAACCACCUUUCCCACAUUCCAGGACAGGCAUUCUCUGGUCUCUACAGCCUGAAAAUUCUGAUGCUGCAGAACAACCAGCUAGGAGGGAUUCCCGCAGAGGCGCUGUGGGAUCUGCCGAGCCUGCAGUCUCUGCGCCUAGAUGCCAACCUCAUCUCCCUGGUCCCGGAGAGGAGCUUUGAGGGGCUGUCCUCCCUCCGCCACCUGUGGCUGGACGACAAUGCACUCACCGAGAUCCCAGUCAGGGCCCUCAACAACCUCCCUGCCCUGCAGGCCAUGACCUUGGCCCUCAACCACAUCAGCCGCAUCCCUGACUGCGCCUUCCAGAACCUCUCCAGCCUGGUGGUGCUGCAUCUUCAUAACAACCACAUCCAGCAUCUGGGGACCCACAGCUUCGAGGGGCUGCAUAACCUGGAGACUCUAGACCUGAAUUAUAAUGAGCUGCAGGAGUUCCCCGUCGCCAUCCGGACUCUGGGCAGACUGCAGGAAUUGGGCUUCCACAACAACAACAUCAAAGCCAUCCCGGAAAAGGCCUUCAUGGGCAACCCUCUGCUGCAGACAAUACACUUUUACGAUAACCCCAUCCAGUUUGUGGGAAGGUCAGCGUUCCAGUACCUGCCAAAGCUGCACACGCUACUCACCAUGGGGUCUCACUGCCACCUGACCUCUAAGGGGGAUGUUGGGGGCGUGUCUUACACGUGGAUCCCAAGCUCUCUGCUCUGUGCUGCCCUUGACUGGAUCCUGGGCUCAUUUCUGGACUCCAUGCUGGCAUCACCUGUGUCUUUUGCCCCCAUUGUAAAGGCCCCAUCUGGGUCCAUGUCCUCACUGAGAUCCCUGAAUGGCGCCACAGACAUCCAGGAGUUCCCCGAUCUCAAAGGCACCACCAGCCUGGAAGUCCUGACCCUGACCCGCGCAGGCAUCCGGCUGCUCCCGCCAGGGAUGUGCCAGCAGCUGCCCAGGCUCCGAGUGCUGGAGCUGUCUCAUAACCAAAUCGAGGAGCUGCCCAGUCUGCACAGGUGUCAGAAGUUGGAGGAAAUCGGCCUCCAACACAACCGCAUCUGGGAAAUCGGAGCUGAUACCUUCAGCCAACUGAGCUCCCUACGAGCCCUGGACCUGAGCUGGAAUGCCAUUCGGUCUAUCCACCCUGAGGCCUUCACGACCCUGCGUUCUCUGGUGAAGCUGGACCUGACAGACAACCAGCUGACCACACUGCCCCUGGCCGGACUUGGGGGCCUGAAGCAUCUGAAGCUCAAGGGGAACCUAGCUCUGUCUCAGGCUUUCUCCAAGGACAGUUUUCCAGAACUGAGAAUCCUGGAGGUGCCCUCUGCCUACCAGUGCUGCGCCUAUGGUGUCUGUGCCAGCUUCUUCAAGGCCUCUGGGCAGUGGGAGGCUGAGGACUUUCACCUUGAUGACGAGGAGGCUUCAAGGAGGCCCCUGGGCCUUCUGGCUGGACAAGCCGAGAGCCACUAUGACCUGGACCUGGAGGAACUCCAGCUAGAGAUGGAGGACUCAAAGCCGCACCCCAAUGUCCAGUGCAGCCCACUUCCAGGCCCCUUCAAGCCCUGUGAGCACCUCUUCGAGAGCUGGGGCAUCCGCCUGGCUGUGUGGGCCAUUGUGCUGCUCUCGGUGUUCUGUAACGGGCUGGUGCUGCUGAGCGUGUUUGCCGGGGGGCCUGGACCCUUGCCCCCAGUCAAGUUUGUGGUAGGUGCGAUUGCAGGUGCCAACACCUUGACCGGCAUUUCCUGUGGCCUCCUAGCCUCUGUCGAUGCCUUGACUUUUGGCCAGUUCGCCCAGUACGGAGCGCGCUGGGAGAUGGGGCUGGGCUGCCGGGCCACGGGCUUCCUGGCGGUGCUGGGGUCUGAGGCCUCGGUGCUGCUGCUCACUCUGGCCGCGGUGCAGUGCAGUGUCUCCGUCUCCUGCGUCCGGGCCUAUGGGAAGGCCCCCUCCCUGGGCAGCGUUCGAGCCGGGGCCCUGGGCUGCCUGACACUGGCGGGGCUCGCGGCAGCCCUGCCCCUCACCUCGGUGGGGGAGUACGGGGCCUCCCCGCUCUGUCUGCCCUACGCGCCCCCCGAAGGCCAGCCAGCGGCCCUGGGCUUCGCCGUGGCCUUGGUGAUGAUGAACUCCUUCUGCUUCCUGGUGGUGACCGGGGCCUACAUCAAACUCUACUGUGACCUGCCACGGGGCGAAUUCGAGGCCGUGUGGGACUGCGCCAUGGUCAGGCACGUGGCCUGGCUCAUCUUCGCCGACGGGCUCCUCUACUGCCCCGUGGCCUUCCUCAGCUUCGCGUCCAUGCUGGGCCUCUUCCCUGUCACCCCCGAGGCCGUCAAGUCCGUCCUGCUUGUCGUGCUGCCCCUGCCUGCCUGCCUCAACCCACUGCUGUACCUGCUCUUCAACCCCCACUUCCGGGACGACCUGCGGCGGCUCUGGCCCUGCACGGGAGCACCAGGGCCCUUAGCCUACACCGCGGCUGGAGAGCUGGAGAAGAGCUCCUGCGAUUCCACCCAGGCCCUGGUGGCCUUCUCUGAUGUGGAUCUCAUUCUGGAAGCUUCUGAAGCUGGGCAGCCCCCUGGGCUGGAGACCUAUGGUUUCCCCUCAGUGACCCUCAUCUGUCAGCAGCCUGGGGGCCCUAGGCUGGAGGGCAGCCACUUUGCAGAGCCAGAGGGAACCCACUUUGGGAAGCUGCAACCUUCCAUGGAUGGAGAACUGCUGCUGAGGGCAGAGGGAGCCAUGUCAGCGGACGCGGGCUUGUCAGUGGGCAGGGGCUUCCAGCCCGCUGGCUCGGCCUUUGCUUCACACUUAUAAACGUCCUUCCCUGUUCUUCUCUUCCCGUCUCGUCCCUUUUCUCUCUUCCCCCUUCAUGAAUGAUGGCUGCUUGUAAAAUAAAUACAAACAAAACUCAACAGUGUGGUCCACAGCAGCACGGUCCGUCCCCGGGGGCUCUUCUCUCCCACAGCCACCCCAGUGUGCUCUUUAUGGCCUGGUCUCCUGUUGGCCAUCCUCAGCAUUCAGUCAGCCCUGUCAAGGGAGAAGAGAAAACUGA